CAUGUCAGUCUUUUCCACAUAAUUACAUGCAUUAAGACGUAGAGUGUGUCUCUAUCCCGCCAUAAACCGGAUAACCAAACCGUAAAGAGAACUGCCUUGCGACUCACACGUAGCUGCGCCGAGCCCUGCAAGCUUGUUUUGGCAUACUCAAAUAAGAUGGCGUCCAGAGCUGCGCCGGAUCCUUUCGCCUGGCCAGCCUUCAGGUUGCUUUCCAGCGAACUUGUGUCACCCAAUCUUGGUGCCUGGCCUGGCCUGGCCUCAGCGAAGCCUGGCCCAGCUACGGCGAAGCAGCAAGAGCACCGAUGCAUGUCCGUUCUGGAUAACAACAUGGCGGUGGUGGGCCAGUUCAGCGGGGGAGUCGUGCUUGGGUCCUCCAUCAACACGCCCGCGCUCAAGGCGUCCCUUGCCGACGUGCUCGCUUCUUUUCCGUUCUUUGCGGGCCGUGCGUACUUCGCGGACGAUGGCAGCCUGGAUGUGCGCUACCCCCAGCCAGGCGCAGCCCCCGGUAGCGCUGACGUCAGCAGCACCAGCGCCACAACCAGUAGCACGAUCGCCGCCGGCCCUCCUGGCCCCACUGACUCGGGCGGCACGUACGGCGCGCGGUUCGUGGCGGCCAGCACGUCGGCCACGCUGGCGGAGGUGUUGGCGGCGUUGCAGGGGGGUGGACGCCAUGCUGCCGUGCUGCAGAGCCCCUGGGGGCUGGUGCCGGGACUGAUGCCGCCCCAUGACCUGGACGCGCUAGUUCAGGGCCAGUGGCCGCUGGCGGGCGGGCUGGUCCUGCACCUGCGCGGCGGCGGCGCGGUGCUGUGGGUGGGCGCACACCACGGCCUGGCGGACUUCGAGUCCCUGCAGCUGCUGGCAGGCCACUGGGCCGCCGCCUACAACACCCGCCUAGCCCUCGUGUCCGGUGACAGCAGCGGCAGUGCCGCCAGUGGGGGUGCGGCUGCAGCAGGAGGCAAGGCAGGGGCCGCCGCUGAUGUACAGGGCGGGGGCGCAGGCGCGUGCCACGACUACACGGCUCUGCUGCCGGAGCGGCUGCGGCGGCCCUUCAUGGAUGGCGAGGCUGUUGACGCGCUGGCGGACUGGGCGCCGCCGGCGCCCGGCCUGCCGCCCCGGCGGGAGGUGGUGGAGGGCGGGCGCUGGUCGGGUCUGAGCGUGACUGCCAAGGCGGUGUGGCACAUGAUGUGGCGCGGCGGCGGUGUGCAGGCCCGCUGCCUGCGUGUGUCGGGGUUGCGGCUGGCAGAGCUCAAGGCGCAGGCGUCACAAGAGCUGGCGGCGGAGGCGAAGGUGGGGGCGGAGGCAGCUGCAGGCGCAGGCACAGGGGCAGGCACAGGGUCCAGCCAGGACGCCGCCAAGCCUGUGGAGUGGAUCUCCACCAAUGACGCGCUGGUCGGGCGGCUGAUGCAGGUGCUGCACAGCCGUGUGCGGCUGCGCCGCCGCCACCCGGUCAGCUGCUUCAUGGCAGUGGAGAUGCGGCGGCGCCAGGAGCCCACCGGCGAGCGCGUGCAGCUGCCGGCGGCGCAGGUCGGCAACCUUACCUACUCGGCGCGGCUUGAGGGCUUGCGCCCGGCUGAGAUGAGCCUGGGCGCGCUGGCGGCGGCGAUGCGGCGCGAACUGCUGUACCACGUGUGGCCGCAGUUCCGGGGCUGCUUGGCGCGCACUGCUGCAGCGCUGACAGCUGUGGGGCCCAAGGGCCUGGUCUGGGGCUUUUGCGCGGAGCGAGACCUGCAUGAAAACAUCUUUGCGCCCGAGGGCCCGCUCAACCUGACGUGCUGGGAUGUGGACUACAGCCUGUGGCAGUUCGGGCCCACGCCGCCGCUCGCCUUCAUCCCGCCCUCGACUGAGCUGGGCCCCUCCGUCAUCUGCAUCGUGCCCGAGCCGCCUUCACAGCGGCAGGGGCAGGGGCAGCAGUCGGGACAGCAGCAGGGGCAGGGGUCGCAGGAGUCAAAGGACCGGGGGUCGCAGGGCGGCAAGGCCAGCUGCGGCGUGGUGCUGAUGAUGUCCAUGCACAACGCCGUGUGGAAGCAGCUGGACGCGGAGGGAGUGGAUCUGGCCACAGCCAUCUGAGCCGCCCAACGCAUAAAUGGAUAGGGAUUGAAGCGGUAUUAUGGCUGACAAGCUCCGUCCAGGUUACGCCGUGGCAGGCGUUGCGACGUGCGGGCAUCGCUGACUGCAGCUGUGUACAGGGUGUGCGUGCACGUGAGGGGCAUGGACAGACACCAGCGGCCUGUGCCGGCAGACGCUUACAGUACUGUGCGGACAGGCACUCAGGCAUUGAGCAUUUGAGCAUGAGGGAAUUGCAAUGAGCAUCCAUGUUGCGAGCUGUGCCAGUUGUAGUUUGUCCAUUCCAUUGCGAGGAUGACGCGGGUGACUGAAGUGAUGCUGAGUGAUGUGGUACGGUAAGUGUACAGGCAGGCGUUGGUUACUGUUGCAUUGACCGUAUUGUUGGAGUGAAGUAGAUUACUAUGCAGACAAGACAGGCCAGGACAGACCGUUCUUGCUGUAGCCCGCGGCGUCGCACGGCUUGCGGACAGGCCUGCUGGUCAGGGAGGUGCAAGCCAGUGCGAGCGCGUGUGAGGGUACUGCAUGCAGGCCAACAAUCGGACCACUUCAAGGCUUUUGGCACUUCUAAUCUAUAUAUGUUUUCCA